CAAUAUUGGGGGUAGAUUUUGAGGGUAAAGAGGCUGCUCGAUAAAAAAGAGCAGUGGUUUGACAGAUGGCUGGGUUGAGAUUUACCAUGCUGCUGCUAAUUUGCCUCUUGGCUGCAGCAAUGUCAACCGUCCGGGGUGAGGACCCUUAUUUCUUCUUCACGUGGAAUGUCACCUAUGGCACCAUCUCCCCCUUGGGUUCUCCCCAACAAGGCAUUCUCAUCAACGGUCAAUUCCCCGGACCUGAUAUCAACUCCACAACCAACAAUAACCUAGUUAUUAAUGUCUUCAAUAAUCUGGAUGAACCCUUCCUUCUGCAUUGGAGCGGUGUCCAACACAGAAAGAACUCGUGGCAGGAUGGAGUACUUGGAACCAAUUGCCCAAUCCCACCAGGGACAAACUUCACCUAUCAUUUCCAGGUUAAGGAUCAAAUUGGAAGCUUCUUCUACUACCCAUCAACAGCCAUGCAUAGGGCUGCAGGAGGCUUUGGCGGUCUUCGUGUCAACAGCCGUUUACUCAUUCCUGUCCCUUAUGCUGAUCCUGAAGAUGAUUACACUGUCCUUAUUGGUGAUUGGUACAUCAACAGCCAUUCUACGCUUAAGGGGUUCUUGGAUAGUGGGCGUUCCUUUGCUAGACCCGACGGUGUCCUUAUUAACGGCAAAGUUGCCAAAGGUGAUGGGACUGAUGACCCACUCUUCACCAUGAAGCCUGGGAAGACUUACAAGUACCGAAUUUGCAACGUUGGACUGAAGGUAUCUCUUAACUUUAGGUUCCAAGGCCACACCAUGAAGUUAGUAGAGAUGGAGGGCUCUCAUACUGUCCAAAACACUUACCAAUCACUUGAUGUCCAUGUGGGACAAUGCUUUUCAGUGUUAGUCACAGCCAACCAAGACCCUAAAGACUAUUACAUGAUUGCAUCAAGUCGAUUCACUAAGAACCUUCUUGUCGGUAAAGGCAUUGUUCGAUACACCAAUGGGAAUGGUAUCGCCUCUCAUGAAAUUCCUGAGGCACCCAUCGGUUGGGCUUGGUCCCUCAAUCAAUUUCGUACCUUCCGUUGGAACCUUACUGCCAGCGCUGCUAGGCCUAAUCCUCAGGGCUCAUAUCACUAUGGUUCCAUCAACAUUACUCGCACCAUCAAGAUACUCAAUUCGGUCGCAAAUGUUGAUGGUAAGUUGCGAUAUGCCAUCAAUGGAGUCUCUCAUAUUGACCCUGAAACUCCACUAAAGCUUGCAGAGUACUUCGGAGUUGCAGAAAAGGUCUUCAAAUAUGAUACAAUUUCUGAUGAAGGAUUGGCGGAAAGUGGAAAUAAUGUUAAAAUUGCUCCAAAUGUUGUUAACGCAACCUUCCGCAACUUCAUAGAGAUUAUAUUUGAGAACCAUGAAAAGAGUCUCCAGUCAUGGCAUUUGGAUGGCCACUCCUUUUUCGCGGUUGCCAUUGAGCCGGGGAGAUGGACUCCAGAGAAGCGAAAGAAUUAUAAUCUUCUGGAUGCCGUGAGCAGACAUACAAUCCAAGUUUUUCCUAAAUCGUGGGCAGCCAUUCUGCUUACAUUAGACAAUGCUGGAAUGUGGAACUUGAGGUCAGAAUUGACAGAGAAUCGUUACUUGGGACAACAGUUAUACUUCAGCGUUCUUUCACCCGCUCGCUCUCUUAGAGAUGAAUACAACAUCCCGGAUAAGACUUUGGUAUGCGGUUUGGUCAAAGGCAUGCCAUUGCCUAAACCAUAUACAAUCUGAGACUAAUAAUUCAUCUAUACCCUCCCCAUUUGUUUAUAUUUAUAUUAUAGGGUGGAUCAUGAGUCUCCAAAUAUGUUGCUAUCAUAUGAGAAAAUCCCUCUGCUAAACGAGUAUGUUACCCCUAUAUUGCAACCAAGGAAACCCGAAUAAUAAAAGGCUCUCUUUUUUUCCUUUUUUC